AUGAUGCACAGAAAUACGUUUGCGGGCGACAUGUGUAAAAAGGCCAGUCCCAUCACCAUCUCCCAAGGCACAAUACCACCAAAGACAAACACUCCCAAACCUACUACAUCGAACCCUCUUCCCGAGGUGCAUCCCCCGCAAGCCCUUGUUACGGCAUACCUCACCGCCAUCUCGACAUGCGACAUCGCCGGCCUGCCCGACUACUUCUCGCCCACAGCAACGUGGUGGACCUCCGGCAACCCGCUCCGCACGCCCAGCGCCGGCGGCCCCAAGCCCGUGGAGGCACAACUGCCGGUCAAGGCCCAAGCGUGCGGCGUGCUGGGCGACAUUGUCUAUUUGAACAACAUCUCGAGCGCGUUUGCUGUCAAGAAGACGGGCAGACGGGCGGGCCAGUAG